AUGCGGCUGGGAAAUGAGGCAAAGCUCCUGAAGGCCUCGCUGGACACGCAUCUGGGGCCCCAUUGGCACGUGGCUGUCGGUGAAGCCCUCGGGUAUGCCUGCAAAGUGCGGCAGAAGGCUAUGGGCGUCUGGAAGCUGGACAAGUGUGUGGUGGUGAUCUGGAAAUCGCCAGGAGUGGAAGUUCCUGCUCUACCGGGAGAAGCCAAAGGCGCCCAGCAAGCGGGGAAGAAGCAACUGAAGGUCCUGGAGCCCAGGGAGGUGGAGGAGGGCUCUGAGCUGCAGCGAGUCAUUGCGGCAAUGCGCGACGAGCUGCCCAGGCUGGGCAAGGAUGAGCAAGCUGUGGCAACCGCACUACGAAGGCGGCUGACAGCCGACUUUGGGACAAUAUGGCAUAUCAUCUCAGGUAGCAAGUUCGUUGUCGAGACGACGGAGAGCUGUCGCAACAAGUUCCAUGUGGAAAUCGGAGAGUUGAAAGUCUUGGGUUUUCAGCAUGAGCAGUUCAGCGAGGGGCUGCUGCCACAUUUGACCCUGGAAAACCUUAUCGCAGGUUUGCCAUAUCUUUUGAUGAUCUUCUUGUGCUUCGCGUACAUGGGGCUCUCAUCUCUUUGCAAGGAGGGCCAGCCCGAGCCGGAAUACUCUGUCACGCUGCAGCUGAAGCGCAGCUUGUGCCAAGACGAAUGGGAAGCAUCCCUUCGCUCUGUAGGCGUUGUGGUGUUAAUCUUCUCGGUCUGCUACAGAAAGAUGCACUUGCUGACCGGCAAGAAGAAAUCGGCCUGA